CUUAUGAGAAGCUUCACUUGCUCUGAUGAGGGUGAGAGCUCUUUAACAGUUGCUUUACAGGAGGACAGUCUCUCAUCGCCCAGCGAGCUUGGUGAGAUACCUAUACAUGCUGUCUGCCAUGAUGUUGGUCCAUGUUGUGGCGCUGGUUGGCGUUCUGGUUUCUCUUGUGACACCAUCCGUCGCAGACACAUGCAGGGGUUACCCUGGAGUUCCUGGCAUUCCUGGCAAACAUGGAUCUCAUGGGAAAGAUGGAGUGAAGGGAGAGAAGGGAGACCGAGGAGACGACUUCCUGCUGGCUAAAGGUCAGAAGGGGGAGCCAGGGCUCCUGGGGCCCCCAGGAAGGUCCGGCAUUCAGGGGGACCCUGGGAUGCCUGGUGUGCCUGGCCUUCUGGGUCCCAAGGGGGAGAGAGGGACAGCCAUGGCGGCAGCCACCUCCAAGAAGUCCUUCUUCUCUUUCAAAAAGCGCUCCAACAGGGCCCCAACAAAGGACCAACCCAUCCGGUUUGAUUUGUCCUUGGCAGAUGGGGACACCCUUCACAAUGGAGAAUUCCACUGCGAGAUCAAGGGCUGCUAUUUUUUCACCUACCACGUAACCGGCCGGACCCUCGUUUGCCUCAAUAUCAAGAAGGGCACAGUGACAAUGGUGGGUUUCUGCGACUCUGGAGAAAAGGGUUACCUGGUAACCUCUGGUUCAGUGGUGCUACAGUUGGAUGUGGGCGAUAAGGUCUCUGUGCAAACCACCGAGAACAACUUGGUUAUGGGCACAGAGGGGGCUGACAGCAUUUUCACUGGCUUCCUACUCUUCCCAAUGAGCUAGAUCAUCUCCUGCAGGCCACAAGUGCUCAUAAUCUCAUUUAUCAAAGCCUGUAUCACGAAACCUAUAUUUUUGCAAGACAUUUCUAAAGCAUGUGAGCAUCUAAGCAAUGAUGCACCAUUUAUAUGUUGUUAUAUUUGGGGAAAAAAUCCAUAAAUCAAUACUUUUAUCAGUGUUAUCUGUGCUAUACAAGUAAAAUAAAAACAUAGGCUGUACUUCACUCAUUUCGAAAUGCUACACAAACAAUUUGUCAGGUGACACCCAUGCAAAGCUAUACUAAUUUAACAAUGUUAUCUGUAAACGUUACAUGCCUUUACUGGGAAAAAAUGCCAUAAAGAGCAAUAAUACUGUAAAUCAUGACUAUGUAUGCCUCCUUCUUUAUACUGUUAACAUUUUGCACUGGACUGUUUUGCAGAUAACAAGCUGCUGUGUUUCCCACAAUAAAUUAGCAACAAAGACUGUAAUUGAA